CAAAAUACCAAGCGUCGAAUGGCUGAUGAAUGAUGAUUUACAUUUACAAAUCUCACUAAAGACAACCACAACAUUAUUAUUGAAUUAAUUUCAACUUCAUCAAAAAGUGGUUAUCUUAGCUUGUAUAUAAUGCUUGUAAAAGAUUUUAAACGGGAUUUUUAUGAUGUUUUACAAAACCAGGUAGGCUUAGCUACUUACUUACUACUUUAGUCUUUUAGUACUAGUACUUAGUACUGUGUUGUGUACUUAUUAGCCCUUCUAGCUAGUGCCAGGGCUAGGCUAACCCAACCCCGUAAAUCACACUCACACUACUUUGACUUUAGACUUUACUUGUUAACUUCAAUACUAAUACAGUGCCGAGUGCUAUCAGCAGCCUUAGCCUACCAAUGUGUCGAACUCUAAAUUAUAUUAUACGCCUGCUAAAACUAAAUUAUGAAUAGAUAACUAGCCUUAAGUAUUAAGUAGGCUACUUAUUAAUUUAAGUUUAAGUACCAAGACUAUACCUGCCUCUGAUGAACACAGCUGUUGUAUGGACCCUGUAACCCUGCAGCUGCUUGGGACCUUUAAUAUUUAAAUUUAAGGGGCCAAAAUUUGUGAUGUGGAAAACAAAACUAUUAACUUAAAAUCCAGGUGGGUUACGAACCCGGUCUCACUUAAAGAGUUCGUUGUCUAGGGGUUUAAUUAUAAACACUUCACAAACCAUUAUUCUCAUACUAAAUAUCUUUAUUAACGAACUAAUCUACAUUUUGAACUGCCAUUACUCACUAGACCACACUCCACAACAAUACUACGUCAUAUCCCUUUCACACAAUAGUACGUCACAAGAUACUAAAAUAAUAGAUAAAACAACACACAUAAUCUCUAAACAACACGCAAUCACAAUAUACAUUUAAGUCCUCAACAUUCCUCCCCCGCUUCGUUUGACAUUAAUUUGAAAAAUUCACGUCACCCACAAAUACAUAUCCCAAAAUUUGUCAAUAGACAUCAAACAAUUAACAAGAGUAGGUACCAAAUGUAAACCAAUCAGUUGCAAUAUUACAUUUUAAAUUAAGCGAAAUGUAUUACAAACAAACUCAUGACACAUUGCCACCCCAAAAUGUUUAACUAACCUAGCAUCUUUUCAAAACUACAUCCUAAAUAUGAAAACGUCAGUGCUAAACUUUAACUUCUGUUAAUUUAGAUUUCAUAUACUCUUAUCAAAUUAUGAAAAAUUAUUACAUUGACAACAAAAUUAUUGUCACGCACACAGAAAUUGACCACAAAACAAACUCUGCUUCCUAUGGCCCUCAUAUGGGGGAAAAAAAAUGUCAACAUCUUUGAGCUCAUAGGAACAUCCCUAAAUUGUCCAGUCCGAUAUUCAAUUGUUAUGGCCUUUUGACACAUUAUCGACUAACAAAUUAAAUCUUUUCACAUUUAAAUUCUUAAAUAUAAUAAUUUAAAAAAUCAUUAAAAUUGUAACAAUGAACAAAGUCAAUUAUAAUGACAAAAUCAACAACCUCACCUCCCAACUCAUGGAAAACACACACCUUCACAAAAAAACGAAAAACGGACCUAUCAUGGCUCUCAAAAUUUGAGCACUCCUGGCUUUCAUGAUCAUAUAUAUCACACACAUCAAAAUUCAAACACAUUUUCUCUUCUACCCCCAUCUGAGGGAAAAAACUCGCACCCUUCAAGUAAUGUUUAUAAUCCUUAUUUAAAACGUUAAUCUCAGUGGCCCAAAGGUUCCCAAACCUCGAGUAACCCGUGUCUCCUACACCACAUAAUUCACGGACUUGACCACUACCCUCGUAGCGCCACGUAAGGUGAUCUCCUAUGACCUCUACUAUGUUGAACUUACGCCUCCUCGACAAGCUCACGACCUCUACUUCUUGAUCUCCGUAGCGUGCCCAAUUCUUAAUAUUAUGAACAUCUCCCUCUUGCACAAAAUCAACAUCUAAAAUAUCAACAAAUCUCUCUUGAACACUAACAACAUUUCCCUGUUGUUCAAUAUCAAAACCCUCAUAGUGUGCAAUUAAUAAGGCUACACCUUUUACAUCGUCAACAGCCCCAUCUAAUAUUCCCUCAGCAUCCACAUGCUGUACGAUACAAUCUACGGCCUGCACACCUUCACAAUACAGAUCUAUUUCCUGUGCAUUAUGGAAUGUCAUAUGUACAGUCUCCAUGUUCAAUGAAACAUUUUCAAGACAACACUGUGUCAUGCCUACAUUCAGUACCACUGCAUCAAUUUUACCACACUCAGCCCCAAGUUUUUCUACAUCCUGGCUAGCAAAACUCCUAACUGACUCCUGACUGUCGGCUACAUUUAAAAACUUCCUGGCCUCCUUAACCUCAACCAUAAUGGUCAUUUAAAUUUACCUCUUUAAUUACCUCUAUAAAUAACUCUGUCUCCCUAUCCUCAGUUACAUUUGCAUUACAUUUCUCUGGAUACCUAAGUUCCUCCAUAACUUCGUUAAUAUUUUCCUGAAACUCUUUUUCAAAAGUGAUUUUACUGUCUAUCUUGUCUAUCCCUCUCCUCCUUUUCUAGCCUAUCUUGUCUUUCUCGUUCUUUAUCCCUCUCCUUUCAUUCUAGCCUAUCUUGUCUAUCCUUCUCCUCCUUUUCUAGCCUUUCUUUUUUCUAUUAGUUUACAUUCCACCCAACUAAUCAGAGCUUCGUCUUUAUAACCCAGGUCCUCUCCAAACUCCCUUAGUUCCAAGAUCAAUCAUCUACACCUGUUCCCAUUUUUUAAUUCAUAAAUUUAACGACCAGGGUAGCGUAAAAACAACAGUCUAAAAUAAUAAAUUUAAAUAUGUUAUAUAACACAAAAAAUGAUACAUAUAUCUAUGUACAGAAAUAAAAUUCUUAAUUAACUAUAAAGAAAACUCAAAGUAAGUAACUUAAGUCUAUCUUGUUCAUCACGGGUCUCUGGACUACAGGUCUUGGUCUUGUCACUAAUAAUUUGAACAGACAGCGAUAUACUAUCAAAUGGGGGUACAGCAUAGCGCACAGCAGGAAACAGUAAUGCUAGGAUGCAGUCACAGUCUGAUACGGGCCCAGUAGGAUACAGGCCAGGCAGCGGUUUACCGUCAAACCAGGGAACAGCACAGCAGCAUGCAGUGAUCGCAGGAUGCAGACCCAGUGAAAUUCAGACCCAGCAGGAUACAGGCCAGGCAGCGGUUUACCGUCAAACUAGGAUACAGCACAGCAGGAUGCAGACCCAGUGGGAUACGAGGCCAGGCAGCGGUUUACCGUCAAACCGGGAACAGCACAGAAGCAUGCAAAGAUUGCAGGAUGCAGGUUCAGCAGCAUUCAGUCACUGCAGCAUGCAGACAUGGCAGGAUACCAGACAGCGUAAAAUCCUAUCAAUCGGGAUGCAGGACAGCAGGAUACAAACCCAGCGGGACACAGGACCAGCAGCACACAUAUACAUCAGCAUGCAGGCAUGGCAGGAUAUAGGAGCCCAAUCCCGAAAGAACCUCCCAAAUGUUACGAACCCCGUCUCACUUAAAGGGUUCGCUGGCUUCGUUGUCUAAGGGUUUAAGUCCUCAACAGGGUGCACAAAACAAAAGUAAAUUGACAGGGCAGGGACCGUCAAGUCUCAAAGUCAAACGGCUCUGCAUGAACACACUAACAGACCAAAUAACUUUAUAAUAAUAACAUGGACAUGAUUUAAGGCUUAAUUUUAGGGGCCAUGGCUUAAGCUUAAGGCCUAUAGAAAUCCUAUUCAAUAUAUCAUUAGGACCUAUUACGAUAUGUUGAAUUUGACUGUUUUCAUCUAAUUAGACCCGUUACAUGAGGAGCAUGGACGUGAGAACUUUGACAUAACUGAACUUACAUUUUAUUUGGGUGUCAUUCUGUCUAAAUGAAGAUGGUGUGAUUUUUCCUGGAAGAUGUGACCUGUGCCAGAUUAGGUGUAUCUACUGGUUCCAUGUCCGAGGAUCCCCCCACUCCUCACAAUGGGGACAUUAAAUGGAUGAUAGUUGAUACAGUUUGUAUGUCAUUUUCGGGCGUUGACACACUUUACUCACAGCAUUUAACAAUAGUGUAUCCUAAAAGGGUUCAACACUGGUGUUAUGGGAAGAAUAAGCCUAAGUGUAACACCAUUAAUUCUGAUCAAGUUCUUUAAACUUAGUUAGUGCUUCUAUGGGUACUUAUCUUGGCUAACAUUUUGGAUAAUAGUACGUCACAAAGACACCCUACUCACCUCGCCAACUUUAAACCUACUGACAGCCACGGCUGGUUACUCUGCUCUUUUUCCCAACCUAAAUCUUGUAAUCAACUACAUAAUCUUCGUUGUUUUUGCCAGUCUGAGGAUGACUUUUGGGACUAGGCGCUUGAGAUGAUUGACUAUUUCCGAUGUAGGUUUUACUUGUAGACAUUACUUUCAUCAGCCCUUCAAUGGGUUAAAAAUAUCACUUGUGCUAAUGCCUUCUGAUCUCGUUCGAGUGACAAUGGCGGCAGGACCAAACUUACUCUCCCAUAUCAUCCUCACAAUCUCAUAACUAAAGACAUUUUCCUUAAACACAGCGCCAUUCUCCUCGCUGACACCCACAACUUUUCCUCAGCCCCCACCUCUAAUUGUUUUCAGAAGAGCUAAAAAUAUGCGAGAAGGCUUCUUGAUGACUCAUUGGUUGUUUCAUUGCGUCCUUUUUCAGGUUUUCCCAUAAUUUGUUUAGCUAAUUUCCUCUUAUAGGUAGCUACUACCCAUAAUCUAAUGACUGGCUUGGCUUGCCAUAAUAUAAAAUAAUGCAGUUGCAAACACAAAUAAACCAAAAAAUAAUUACAGGUAGACAUUAGACUAUGACCUAAAGCUGCUUUUGGAUUGUGUUAAAUGUUGUUGAGGUUAGUUAUUUUAUAUGCGUUAUCUACAAAGUUUAAUCAUAUUCGGAAGUCCCCUAAUUUGAGUAAAAAGUGAGUUACACCAGAGGUCUCUUGAGUACCAAAACUAUGUUGAACAUUAACAGUGCACCGCUCAUCAGCUGUGCUAUCCUCAUGUUUUGUUUUGUUAGAAAUCUUCCAAAUAUCGCAAAAAUUAUAUGAUCAAUAUUUAGUUUAAAUUUGGUUUUGUUCUAUUUUUUUAUUCUACAGAGAGUUUUAGUACUAGUUGCAUUUGAUGUGGAUGCACUGUGUGCAUGUAAAAUUUUACAGGUAGGUAGAAUCCAGUGACAAUAAUUCUGUUAGGAAUAUUAACAAUUUAAAUUAUGAAAUAACCUUAUAAUGAUAUAAUAUUAAUAAUAACUAGGUCACAAUUAAAAAACAACAUGAGAUCGAUUCAAUUUCAGAUGUACAUGAUUAUACUGAUACUAGCAUAGCUGUGAUUACAAUCAAUCAAUAGUUUACUUUAACUGAAAAUUGUAUUAAAUUUUUUAAAUAUUUGAUAUAUUUUUGUUUUUAAAGGAAGCAGACAAGUGAAAACAAGUACAUAUUAUAUACAUGUAUGUGUGUGGAUGCAAUUUUCUUUAAAAAUAAACAAUAAAUAAUAUGUCUUUCCCUCUAGUUAAAAAACUUUGAAAGGCUUGGCUAGCAUCUUCUUGUUUUCUUUAGUAUUUAUUUCAGUGUGACCAAGUUUUAUAUACCAUUGUGCCAGUUGAUGGUUUGCAAGGACUUGAAAAUGCCUUUUUGGAAAAUGCUGAAGGGGUAACUAUUUAGUUAAAUUUACCUUAUUUAAGUACCUGGUACCCACUAACAAUAUUUCCUGCAUAAAUAUAUAUAUAUUAUUUGUUAUCAUAAAGCCUAUUGAAUAAUUCUAUGAUAAAAAAAAAACAAUUGGUAUUGACUGGACAAAAUAAACACGGUGACUACUCUGAUAUUUAUCUCAAGAGUUUUUUAAAGUCAAAUGUCUUUUGAGUUUUGCAUACACUAUAUUUUUGCAGAUCAAGCAUGUUGUGCUGAUCAACUGUGGAGCAGCCUUUGACAUAGUUGAAAUUUUGCAACCAGAAGAUCAUGUUCGUUUUUACAUCUGUGAUAGGUAUUGGCUUUUCCUUAAUUUCUAAAUAAAUUAUUGAAUUUUGAUAUGCCCUUAGGGCUGUCCUACCUAUUUGUAAAUUAUAAGGAAGCAUGGUGUUGUUUUUGCAUUUGUGUUUCUUUUAAAACAUUUUAUCAAUUUUGGGCUUUAAAAUAUUGAUAUUUAAUUAAAGGCUGGUACAAUGGGUACAUUAGAUUAAGGUACUGAUAUAUAAUUAAAGGCUGGGUUGAAUUAAAGACAGGUGACCAUGAAAUAGGGUUGUGUUUCAAUUAUAGGUAAGAGAAGUGAUGAAUGUCAAUAGGACAGUCAAUUUUUCAUGAGUUAUUUUACAAACAAUAACGCAUAGCCCCAUCUGGAAGUGUGCAAAUGAAAUGCUAUAGAAGCAAAUGCUACUCUUGCUAACUAGCAAAUACUUUUAAUUUUUAAGACUUAAAAAAAAAAAAAUAAGUACAAUCCAUUUAUACCUCACAGGCAAAAUAAAAUGAGGUGGCAUACUGGUUUUGGCCAAUGGGUUACAGUUUGUCAAUCCCUGCUUUAAACUCUUAGUUAAUUACUUUUAUUAUGAGCCAGGUGUAUCCUAAUGAUACAAAUUUAUUGUUUAAAUAUUCCAAAGUGCGGUUAGUUAAAAAAAAAAUAUUUGCAACAUUUUCUCCAGCCAUCGACCUGUUGAUGUGCACAACUUUUACAAUGCUGUUCAAGUCAAGCUGUUGAUGAGAGAAGAUGAACUCUCUACAAUACCCAGCUAUGAUGAAGUCUUUAGAGAUGAUGUAAGUCUUAUUGUUAAAUAACUCACUAAAAAAGAUUUAAGCUGUGGUAUGUCUUGAAUAUACAGGGCUUGAAAAUGAAAACAAGUUUUAUAUUUAGUUUUAGUUUAUCUAAAAGUCCAAUGAUUCAAAAGAAAUCACUCCCAUGUUUUUUUUCACCUCUUUUCAACCAAUUAUAAUUAUAACACUUAAAAUCAAAAACAUGUGAACAGAAUAUUUUUGAUAAAAUAACAACCAAACUUAAUUGUUUUUAGUCAGAAGAUUCUGGCAAUGAGAGUGAAGACUCAGAAACAGGUUACAAAAGGAAAAGGUUCGAUGAGGAGUCUGUGUUGCGACGACAAGAGAGAAGGAGGUGGAAUGAAAACAGGUAGGACAAUUGUGCUGAAGUGUGACUCUGUAGUUCUGUUAGUUUGUCAUGUUGAUUAUUUUCAAAGCUUCAACACCAGUAGAAUAAUAUUUUCUCUUUCCACUGGGAAUGAAUAUCAUCCCUCUACUUUAAAAAAAAAAUUAAAAUGAUAUCUAAUAGUACUUAAAGGCAAAAUGGAAUAUUUCUUUUUUCUACUUUUUUCUUCUUUAUGCAUUUUUACCCCGUCUGGGGCAUAGGCCGCCCGCACGAAUUUUCCACUCAUCACAGUCCUGUGCUUUCAUUUCCAAUUGCUUCCAGGUGUAUCCCAUAUUUUGCAUGUCUGCCUCUUCUCGCAUCUCCAUGUAUUCUUAGGCCUUCCUCUCUUUCUUUUUCCCUGUGGAUUCCAUGUUAGGCAUUGUCUAGUGGUGCUAUCUGAGGGUUUUCGGAGAGUAUGCCAUAUCCAUCUCCAUCUUUUCUUUAUGAUAUCUUCAUCAAUGGGCACCUGGUAUGUCCUUUCUAGUAGGUCUUUGUUGGUGAUGGUAUUCGGCCAUUUGAUGUUCAGAAUCUUUCUAACGCAUGUGUUUGUGAAGGUCUGCACUUUCUGCGUAAUGCUCGCUGCUGUUUUCCAAGUUUCUGCUCCAUAUAGUAGAACUGUUUUGACAUUUGUAUUAAAGAGUCUGACUUUGGUUUGCAGUUUCAGCUCCUUCGACUCCCAUAUUUUCUUUAAUAGCACAAAUGCUGAUCUAGCCUCGAAUCAGCCAUUUGUCUAUAUGGUGCUGCCUUACUAUGUGAAGGUCUCCACUUCUUCCAGCCCCUUUCCUGUCAGAGAGAUAUGCUCUUGGGUGGUUGAGUUUACCUUCAUGAUUUUUGUCUUGCUUCUAUUUAUUUCGAGUCCGAGCUGUGCUGAAAUGAUGGCUACGUCUUUUGUCUUUUCCUGCAUUUGUUGCUGGUUGUGGGACAGAAGUGCAAUGUCAUCUUCAAAGUCUAGGUCAUUCAGUUGUUCCCAGAGUGUCCACUGUAUCCCAUUCCUCUUUUUGUCCUGGGAUUUUUUCAUUAUCCAGUCAAUGGCAAGGAUGAAUAGAAAUGGGGACAAGAGGCAUCCUUGUAUGACGCCUGUUUCCACUGUAAAGGCAUCUGUCAGUCUACCUUCGUGGACCACCCUGCAUGUCAUUUCUUCAUCAGAGCUCUGAAUGAUCCUGACUAGUUUCCCUGGUACUCCAUAGUGGCACUAUGGAGUAAAAAUGGUAAUAUAAUAUAAUAGUAAAAUGGAAUAUUUACACACACAAAAACAAUAUCGGCAAACUAUUUAUAAGUUUAAACCUGUUUUUUGUGUGUUCCAGAGAAAAAGUUUUAUUCAAUUAUGCCAAGUUUACUUCUUAUGCGACAUCGGUAGGCAUGACUUUUUUUUCUAUCUUUACAUGUUAAGAGGUUAAAUCUAUCAAUUUAUUUAAAUUAUUUUAACAUCAUUUUGACAGUUUUUAAACAUUGUUUUGAUCAUGAUCAUUAAAAUUAAACAACUUUUGACUAACUGGUGAAGUUCAACUCAAUCCAGUGUAAAAUUGUCAUAAUAAUUAAUUUGUUGAAACAUUUUGUUAACAUCAGACCUCUGUUGAGGUUAUAGAUUAUAUUAUGCAUGCUGUUAACUUGAUCACAUUCAGUGAGCCAUUUUAUGGGAACUCAAAGCCGACAGGCACAAAAAAAUCACCAGCAAUUAAGAAAUAUUGACAAUAACUUAACGCUAUUUUUUUCUGUAUAUAAAAUUACUGAUAUCCUGAAGGCUGCCCUGGUGAUGUUUGAACUCGCUUGGAAGCUCUCCAAAGACACCAACAACCUGUUGUGGUAAGUUCUGGAACGUGCCUUGUCUGAAGAUUAAAAUAACAGAACAAGUUUGAUGCGCCUGAAAGAGGUCUUUAAACAAAAUGUGUGCAGACUUUAACUCCAUCAGUUAAAGUAAUGUUAUUUUUCUUUCAUUUGUAAACAACGAAAAAAUUUAUGGCAAUAUAUGAAGAGUCGAAUUUCAAAACGCAGUUUUCGCCAUUUUGAAAAAAAUGAGAUUACUGAAAAUUCUUGUUGAGCAAACCAGGUUCCUUUAGGACAUGUUAAAGUUUACCUACAAAACACAUUUUAAUACUAUAUUAUUCUAUGUAUAAAAAUGAUUUUAUUUUAUAAAACGCGGUGUGUAUUUUUUAUUUUUAUUAUCAAAAUGCUGUAAUAUAUUUUUUCGGACCAAUCAGUGUGAUUGAUAAGCUAUUCUGCGCAUAAGCACUAAACAUCACGACGCGAAACAACAACAAACACGGUGCAUAACGACGGCCAGGAUGAAAAAGUUGUUUGUACUAUAAAAUCACAACAAAGAAAGAAAAAAAGCUCAACACGAGAAAAAGACAAAUCAUUUCGCCAUUCAAGCGGAUGAAAGAUCCCCUCAGUUACGUGUAAUCACGAUAGAUGAUUCUGCAAGGUGAGUUACCGGUAACUUUAUUAAUAUUAAAAAACCAUUAAAUUUUACAUUAUUAUUAUAAUGAUUAUUGUUACUACCCAUGAGAAGUGUUAAGGAAAUGAAAAUAAAAAGUUGCUUUACAGAGUUAGCUGUGUUAUUUAUUACACAUUCAAUCUUUUACAUGCAGAUCCAGCCAUGACAGAAGAAAAGGGUGCUCAAGGACAGAAAUAUUUGCACCCUGAUUUGAAUGUAAAUAAGAAGCAUCAACUUUUCUUGGAACAAAACCAAACUGCUAUUGAAGAUGAUGCACACUCUGAAUCAGACACUUCAUUAUUUUCUAUUUUGUUGUUCUAAAUUCAAAUAAAACGAUUUGUGAAUUGAACAUUAUCUUGUUUACUUUUGUUUAGAAUUCAGAAAUAUAAAAACAAAUUAUGCAAACUUACAGCACUCUAAACAUUACACUAUUACAAGCGACUUUCCAGCAUUUAUAAUACUGUUCUGUUAAAAUAUAUCAAUAAAAAAACAUUAAUCAUACACAAUUAUGUAAUGUAUAUGAUAGAAUUUAAUUUAAUUUUGUUAUGUAAGUGGUUUGUAAUCUGUAAACAACUUGAAUUAUUUGCUAAGGGGAAUAAUGUUACGCUAUCAAAAUGGAUAUACAGCAUUUUGUCGCUAAGUUACAGCUGGAAACACAGCAUUUUGAAACGAAAUAAGAAAUUCAACUAAGUAAAUAAAUACAUUUUAAUUAACCUACAUUUCAAUUUUCAUUAUAAUAUAACUUAUAUUUUGAAUAUAUACCUAAAUUAACAUUUAAUUUUCUGAAAAUUUGAGCCAUCAUUGUGAAGCAGAAAAAGUCGAUUAUCUCAAAACGCCAAAAAUGGAUGUACAGCAUUUUGAAAAUCGACUCUUCAUAUAAUGUUUUCAAAGCAGAAAUCAUUUUAAAAAACAUAGGAAAAGGAAGACACGGUGCACAUUUUUAAAAAUACUUGCAGCUCUUAGGUUCGAUGUAAAAGUUGUUGGCUUUUUCUUGUGUUGAUAAAUGUACCUGGCAUAUCUUUCUUUCACCAUGCACAUCUGAUGGCCUUCUUGGCAAAAUGUUCUUAAUGAUUUAAAAACAUAUUUUACAGGUUGGCCAUAGUGGGGGUUACUGAUCAGUUCAUUCAUUUUAAAACACCUCGUGAGAAGUACAUGGAAGACAUCAUAGCCCUACAGUCUCAUGUGACUCGCCACAAUCAAAGGUUUGUACUAUUUUUAGUGAAAUAUUUCGAGAUGUAAAGUACAACCGGUACUGAGAAGUUUUUUUAUAUCUCAUUUUAGAUUUGUUUUUUUUAAGUUGUGUGUUUGCUAAGCGGAUUUAUAAAUUUUUUUGGUUGUUUUUUUUUUAGUUUUUACGAGUUCAUAGUUUUUCAAUGUUGGUGAUCAAAUAUUUUUUUAUAAUUUGAUUAGGUUGUGAUAUUCUUCUAGUAGAGGACCGGUAUGUCUGAAUAGAGUAAAUUGAAUAUACAAUCCCAGGUGCAUUUGUAGAGUUGUCCAGAGCAUGUGAAUCUUUCAAAUAAAAUAUGAAGUAUGAUAAUCCCGAAUACAGCAUGUUAGUUUUAGCUUUUUUACUUCAAGUGUUGCAAGUUGAUUGUUAUGGGGAGUGUGAAUUGGAACCACAGACAGACACUGUGUUAAAUCAACCCUAAAGAAAGCCAUAGCUGUGUCUCUGAGUUGUUGUGUAUGUGAAUGAAACUGCAAAUGCAAAUAUGAGAGCCUGUAAUGUUAGCUGCUGUCUGAUCAUUUCAGUUCGAUCUAUGAACUUUACCAGGUAAUCUGGUACUAAACUAAAAUUUUAAGGAAACUUUACUAAAAUUGAUUAAAAAUCUUUGCCACUGCAUUUUUUGUUGAGAUACAGGCUUUUGUUAAUUUUGUGUACCUAAGUGUGAAUCUUAACUCUAGCUCAUAGCUAAGGAUUAUUUACGAUUGUGUCUUUUCAUCUCCAUCUCAUAAAUUAACUUGGUUUUCAUAUUUGUGACAUGUUGGCAUAAUCAUAGAAUAUUUAUAGUCUAGUGUGUGUAAUUAGUACCUAGUUUGUGUUCCUUAGUACUGUAACUGAGAAAUUAAUAUCUCAACAGAGGAAGUGAUGAUGAGAACAUCAUGUCAGUGAACUGCUUGCGGAUAUCAUUUGAGGAAGAGCUUAACCUGUGUCUUUAUCGACACUGGACCCUUUUUGAGAGCAUAUGUCACUCAAUGGCUAUAGCAUGCAAACUGCGACUCUGGUCUUUGAAAGGACAGAAGAGACUGCACGAGUUUCUGGCUGAGAUGGGGUAAGCAUGAUAAUAAACACCUUUAAAAUGUAAAUUUAUCAUCUUAAAGAAACUAUUUUAGUGAAUUCUGCUUCUGAAUCGAGAAAGUUAUUUAGAAAUGGAUCCCCGAACGGGUUUUCUAUGAAUUCAAAGAGAAUUCAAGACCUGACAUAUUCAAGUUGAUCUCAAAGUGGUAAUCUUGAAAGUCUUUUAAGUACAUUGCAUGUACAGUGGGAAAUAGUUUGAAAAAUUGUGUUAAUGCGCUUUUAAGCUACCAUACUAAAAUUCACUUGAAUGUUUACUUUCUGGUAGUUUGCCCUUGAAUCAGUGUAAGCAGCAAUUUAGUGCGAUGGAAUCAACUAUGAAACCUGAGGUUAAAACCAAGAUGCAAGAAUACAUGACCAAGUAUGGGUGAGUAAUUAUCCAAUAUUGUUAAAGAGUUGCUUCAGAAGCAUUUUUGGCAUCUGCUAUAGGGACCAUAUCACAAAUGAUACAGUGAAAGAAAGGGUUCGCCUGGCAAUUGGGGAGUACGAUAACCUACUGGUGACUGUGAAAAAACGCAAACUACAAUGGUACGGCCACGUAACAAGGAAACAAGGGCUUGCCAAAGAAAUAUUGCAGGGCACCACAAGAGGAGGGAGAAGAAGAGGAAGACAAAGAAAAAGAUGGGAGGAUAACAUCAAAGAGUGGACAGAACUAACACUGGGCGAUGCUGUGCGUAAUGCAGAAGACAGAGACGAAUGGAGGAGGAUAGUCAGCUGUGCAUAAUGCAGAAGACAGAGAUGAAUGGAGGAGGAUAGGUCACAUGUCAUCUGUGGCACCCCAAUGGUCCAAGGACAAAGGGACAUGAUGAUGAUGAUGAUGAUGAAUUUGCCAUGUCUUUAGCCAGAACAACAUUCAUUGUCAAAUAACAUGAUUCCCACAUUAUGUCUGUCCUAAACUAACUCUGAGUAGAGACAAUCUUUGGAACAUUGUUGUAUAUUUAAAAUAUGGGUCCCAAUUAAAAGGGUUCUUGAACACUUCUUUAGCAUACCCGGUACAAUUGUUAGCUAGAGAUACCACCAUUACAUUUAAAACAGUUGCAUUUUCAGAAACUGCAAAUUUUUCACUUUAACAUUGUUUACUUUAAUUAUUUAUUCAGUCUUAACACACAUCUUUUUUAAUUGGUGUUAUGGGUUUCUAUUAAAAUGGGUGUAAUGGUCUUCUAUUACUUAAAACACAGCUUUGAAGACUUCCUAGACUUAUAUGCACUAUUCAAUUCCCUUUAAUAUACUUGUUUCCUUCAUGCUGGAUACUUGGCAAAAUGAUUUUAUGUCCUUGUGAUUUUUAUAUUACUUACUUAUAUUACCAUAGGUGGAUAACUCUAGUAUGAUUUAUCCCUUGUUUGUAACUAGGGGUGUUAUGUGAAGAGUCAAAUCAACCAUCAAGGAACAUAUUCUCACUCAAAGGCACUUAUGUGUAAUUGAAAAGAAGUCUAAAACCAAUUCCAUUAGAAUGAAACAAACCUAUUUAUUUACAUUAAAUGUACAACACAUCAUAGAAAUCAAAAUCUUUAAAGUAUGAUAAUCAAUUGCUUACAGCCUAGGAAUGGCUUAGAUCAACCCUUGUUUAUAACUUUACAACCUAUAUUCUAAUGACUUAUAGAUAUGGGCCUCCUGUAAUAACCCAACAACUCAUCAUCAUUACAUAUUGCUUUGUAGUAAGACCGUUUACUACUUAUCUUAUCAAUAUUAAAUAAUUGAUAGAUCAAUACACAAGGUCACUUUAAUGUUGAAGUAGGGCCUCCUCCCUUCACCUCAAUCCUCAGGGUGGGGACGGAUGUGGACUUCCCAUCUGUAAGUUGUGGAAUAGCCUUUCCGUUUGUACUUUGUGGGAUGGAUUUCCCAGCGGUAUGUUUUAUGUGUAGAGUCCCAGAAAUUCGCAGUCCUAUGUGAUGCAGGCUCAUGAUUUGGUAGAUGAAUGUGUAGCAUUUGGCUGACUCCUUGAAGUCGGGUCUUGUGGCUUAUCCUUAAAUCCAGCUGCUGAGGCGCAAUGGUUUCUUGCAAUGCGGCAACCAGGUAGGUAAAUUUCUGCCGGCUUUUUGUCUCUCACGGCAGGGGUGCAAGCAGGUAAGAAGUGUUACCACAGCAUGUUAAGAUUAGAAAGACCGUAAUUUCGUUCUAACUUGGCAUAUAUCUAAUCUAAGGUGGGGGAAAUUUAUCAUUGGCUGACCUCAAUCAUGAGGUUUGAUUAUGGCCACUGAAAUAACGGUCCUAAUUCAGCUGCUGUUUUCUACCACAAACAACUGUUAACUGCAUCAAGUCUCUUUAUGUGAGAUGUAAUUGUAUCUCUUCCCAGUUUGGUUGUUCAAGAUGUUAUCCUGCCAUCCUUCUCCCUCCAGUAUGGUUACAAGAACCUUAUGUGUGCCACAGAUUACGUAUUGGCAUGUACGGCAGUGCUUGAGUCAGUGGUUAGUAAAAGAACUCUCUUUUGAAAACUUUUUCACAAAAUUUUAAUGUACAAAAAUACAAUAAUUUCAGUGCAGCGUUAGGCAAUGAAUUAAAAUCAAGUUAUUGAGGAAAGCACUAGUGCAUGCGUUCUUAACCUGUAGUCCACAGAGAUGCAUUUCUGUUGUAAUUUUAUUAUAUUUAUCUAAAUACUUUAUUAUAAGGUGUCCAUGACCUUCAUCAUCUGUCUGGCAAAAGUUGAUGGACUAAAAAAAUGUUAAGAAAACUGGCACUAGUGCCUGUCUUGGCUUCUGGAAGACCUUGAGAAUCUUAAAUUUAAAUGAAGUAUUUAACAAAAUUUUCUCUACCACAGGAUAAAUCAAAACAUUCUACUGACAAUUUUCUAGAAGCGUCUGAUAUAUUACAGAGGUAAGUUGAAGGAAAUAUUUUACUUAAUUUUAUGAAACUAACAACAUUUAUUCAAAAAAUCUUGACUCAUGCUAAAAAUUAACAUUAUAAUGCUUAAAUUAUUUGCAUACUCCUGUCACCAAUUAUUAUGUCUGGUCUUCCUCUUUUCCAGAAGUAGUAGUGAAAAAUUUGAGGCAGGUCUGGCCUCUGCAAAGCUUCAGCUGAAAAGUGUUGUAUCUCAAGUCCAGAGUUUUCUAGACAUGCAUCAAAUAAUAUCCGCUGGACCCUUUUUGUAUGUUUUUGUGCAAGAGGUAAUAAGAUAACAUGGUAUUCUACCUGCUAUUUGAAUUGUUUUACUUUUACUAACAGUGCUGUUAAUUCAUUAUAUCGGUACAAUAUGGUUGCAUCAUUUCAUGCCAAACAUAUGCAUGGCUUUUUGAGUCAAAGCUUUAAUCAAAUACAAUUGGUUGAAGUUGUUAAGAUUUUUGGCGAAGGGGGUGGGGUGAGUAUGAGUCUUGUCUUUCCCCAGUCCCUUUAAAAAAUAAUAUUUGCUGACAUUUAAUUUAGAUUAUUUUAAGUUUAAUAAAUUGAAAGAUCUAACUUCCUUAAUGACCUUAAACCUCUCAGGGAACAGCAGAUUCACGUUUCUUUGCACACCCACAGUGUUUGAUUAGACUGGCCAGGUUUUCACUUCAGGCUCACUGUGCAGUGGUAGGCCAAAUUAAUUAUGAAUAAAGUCAACUUUUUUAAUACUUGAUCACAACAUAUUGUCAACAUUUUAGCAUUUAUGUUUCAUUACGUGUUCACAGCAUUUUAGUGUUAUGUAAAAUAUUUUAUGAAAAUUUCCAUAUUUAUUAGCCUUGUCCAUUUAUGGAAAUUAUCAAUUUGCACUGAUUUAUGAUAAACUAAUUUAGAUCAUUGUUAACCUUGACAGUGUUCUUACUAUUUGGCAAUAGAGAUUAUAAAUUAAAUCACAAGAAUGUUAAUUAAAAAAGAUAAGAAUAACAAAUAUGUCAUAAAAUUGUAUAUGAUUUCAUUUUUUUAAACAAUCAAGAGUAGGAACAAACGGGCCCAAAGUCUUCCGUUGGUGCUGGGAGCUCCCUACAAUUUGGAAGAAGGGACAAGUUUGGUUGUUGGCAUUCCACCUCUUGAUACAGAUGAUGAAAGGAAAAAGUGAGCCAAAUUUCUGCAAGUUAAAUUGGAUUAGGUCAACUGUGGGGUUACAUAAUAACUAUUAAUUUGGAUCCAUUGUAUCUAUCUUAUUUUAACAUGAUUAGAAUAAGGGUUCAAGAAAAAAAUACAAUUUUAAACUGACCAAAAAAAUUAUUAUUCUACAUUUAUAUCAGAUCAAAUAAUCUAGUUAUUGGUUUUAUCAGAAAAGGGGGGUUCCUCAACUCAAUCUACUCAAAAUCCCACUUGAAGUUAUUAAUGUGAUGGCACUAGCUCUACAACAUUACAUUUAUUCAAAAUUUUCUCUUUAUUGCAAUAUGAACAGAACUCAUACUUGCAGUCUGCAGGAGAAAUCUUAGACCAAAGUGUUGUAAUCUUAUACCUAGGUAACUUCUUAGCUUACAAGGGAUACAAGUAAGAGCUGGUGACUUCUAAGUUUUCUUUCUGUUUCAUUUCAGUUUUUUUGGCAAGGCAUUUGAGCAAGCUUCAAAGUCCACCAGUACAACAGCGAAAUUUCACAGUUUUGAUUCCUACAGUAAGUACUGGUACCAAAAUAUAAAAUAUUCUAAACAUAAUGAGUAAAUGCAACAGAUUUUGUUGUGGAAAUUAAGACUACUUAACAAGGAAGAUUUCUUGUUUAAUGCUUGCUAUAAUAAAAAAAAAACCACAAAGCAUACCUUUAUUUUGAGUUUGCUUAAGUUGUAUGUUUCAUAUUUCACGUAGGAAAUUAAAACAUUGAGCAAGCCGGCCAGCUAAUCAGAUAAUUAAAAAAAUUGCCUCAGAUUGGAGUGCAACAGAACAGGUGUAUCCCCAUAGAAAUUAAAUAUUGUUAGCUUAGGGCUGAGCCCAGUAUUUUGAGAAAAUAUUUGAUGGGUCAUAGUCUGGGUAUUACAAAAAAGUGAGUAAUAUUCUCAUUUUCUAUUGUGUUCUACCCAAUAUGGAGAACUGAACUGAUCAUGUAUAGAACCAGUAGCAUCAUGAAAGCAUCAACGUUUGAAGGUUUCAAAACACUAAUAAUUAAUAAUAUAAUCCUAACCCAGCGGUUCUCAACUUUUCUCAACCCCUUUCUAACUUUAGCCAAGUUGUAGCAACCCAUAGCCAGGAUUGUAACUAGAAAUUUUGAAACAGAUUUUGAGAAGUGGGGAUGGGGCAGCGCUUUUUUGUAGAUAAAAAGGUGUUGUAGUGAUAUUUUGAUAAGGAAUGGAGGGAAGCAGAAAUAAGUGCUAAGAAGUGUGGAGAGUUCUUUUGAAGAGGGUGCUCUGAAAGUCUGACGCUAGAAAAUUUUGGCACCAGGUUUUGCAUGGAACUGCCAACUUUUUAGUUGGGGAAAAAAAUGAAACAAGAAAAAUAAAAAUCUUUUAAAAAUUAAAACAAAGGAGAACAAACUGCUAAAAUAUUUUUUAUUAAAUUAGCUGCUGACAUCCACUGAAUACAUAAAAAAUUUUUUUAACGUUUAUGAAACUGUAAUGUAGUCAGACUGCAGUAAUAAUUAGUCUGAUUACUUUAAAUAAUAUUUUAAAAUGAAAAUUGAAAUUUAAAAAAUUACAUAUGAGAGGCUCAUAAAUGAUUCACACACAAACAGAACUUAGCUCUUCAGUAUUGUGAAAUUAAAAAUCAAUUUUAAGUAGAAAGUGCCAUGGUUUUAACCAAAGAUUUGCAUCUCUUUUAAACAAAUAAUAACAAAAUUUUCAGCAAGUACAUUAUUAUUUCCAGAGUUUUGCCGCUUCAAUUAGAUUACAAUUAGUUUCGGCACCAAUCGCCCAUCAGUUUUCUCUUUUUAUUUAAUUCAGGUAAAAUGUAAACAAAAUAAUGCAAAAAAGAUGUACUGGUUCUAUUAUGCAUGCACUUUUCUUUUCACUCCAUUGAAUUGGAUGGAACACAUUAGAAAAUGAGAAGAUAACCCUCUUUUUUUGUUUUAAAACCCGGACAUGGUUCCAUUUUUUGCCAGGUCUGGGGUAUGUACCAUGUGUGCUAAUACUUGGAAUUUCCAAGUAUCCAGAUUAGUACUCUUCUCAGCCCUAUUUUAGCUCAUAAAGGAAAGUAAUUUUGCUUUUUUGUGCAAUCACUAAUACAUAUAAUUUUUUCUCUCCUUCUCUAGUCAUAGAGAUGAAAUCGGAAGACAAAAGCAAAUUUUUUGAUGCAUUGAUCAGCAUUCUUCAGUGA